GCAGUACGAUAUUGGUCAUUUAAUGUGAACUUGUUUGAAAUUUAUUUGAAAAUUCUUCCAGGUUUUUCGUUUUUCUCAUGCUGUCAUUUUUGUUUGGCUAAAUUCGCAAUUGCAAUGCAAUAAUCUAACGAUCGGAAGCGAAAUGGAAGCAGAAAAUUCAGGUGACCAUUUAUCUCGGGCUGCACGCGAUGUUUACUUGAACUGCGACGUUUCCAGUGAGAACUCGGUAACUGUGUCGAUUUUGUUGCGGUUUAUCAACAGUAGCGACUGGGCGAAUGUGUUUGAAUUUACAAAACUAGAAGCGAUGCUAGAUCCGCAUGGGACAGAUCCAUGCAUCACGUGUGAGGAGUUUAUGCAUAUUGUAACGGAAUGGGCCAACAGUAACGACACCCACUUUGGAUUAGAAACACAAUCUCCGCCUCCCAUUUGUAACGGAACACAUCACAGUCCCGCCUCGGAGUACGUGCGUACAUUAGAAUUAAAAUAUCAGAACUCGAUCAGGAAGAUCGAGGAUCUAAAGUUACAACUAGCGGCCGCCGAAGAACAAAACGAUCUCUUGCAAAUUGAAAGUGAAGGAAUCGCACCGAAAUUCCCCAACAGGACCGAGGUAAAAGAAGCUGAAGACGAGCGAGCUGAUGUAGCGAACUGUGUUGCCGAGUUGAAGUCGCUGUAUGAUAACCAAAUUUUUAAAUUGAAAAAGUCAGUUGAGUUUUAUGAGAAGGAAAUAACCGCCCUCAACGAGACGAUAGCGAAACAGACUGAGGAGAAAAAACACCUAGAAGAGAAAAUUGAAAUCUUCGAUCAGAAACUGAAAGACCAAACGAAGGCAUGGUACAACUUAGAGGCCGAAUUGGAAUCCAAAGAGAAAUCGAUAACGUCGCUUUUCGACAGUAAUUGUCAGUUACAGGCGAAGCUAAAUCGGCAAGAGGAGUAUAUCAACCACUACUCCGAAGUAAUUAAUAUAUUGGAGGACGAUAAGAAGGUAUUGGAGGACUCGGUUCAGGAGCACAUACCUGAAUGUAGUUUGUACACGAUGCAGUUGAACUGCACGCCCCGAAGGUCUUUAAAUUCAGACGCAAACACACCACUUACUUGCAAAAUUUUCAAAUAUAACAGCCCUCGUCUUUUGUACAACCUACAAAAUCCGGUUUCUCCCAACCUGGAUAGUCCACGUGUAGAUAAAAUUAAUAACAACGAUACGGAAAAUCCAAUCGAGAGUUGUGAUUGUACCUUUACAUCUGAUACGAAGGAUAUAUCGGAUAGUGGCGAAUCUAAGGCGGAAAUCUUCAAUAUUACGGAUGAGAGUUUAGCAAACACCCUAAAAUUAUUGUGUAAUGGGCGACGUCGUGAUAGUUUGUCCGAUGAAAUUCUGCUGGCAGACCAAGAUUUCCACAGAAACGAAUGCCUCCAAAUAAUAUCGCGCCAAAAAUCGCAAAUUCUCGAUCUGGAGGAGUCGAUAGAACAAAUGAACGCGCAAAUUGAGCAGCUAACCGAGCAACGGGGUGAAAAUCAGUUGCACAUAGCAACACUUACAUUGACCGCCGAAGAACAGACAGAACGAUGCACGACUUUACUAGAGCAGCUGCAAGCUGGUAAGCAGUGCAUCGAAGAGUUGACCGCGAAGAAUGAGCUCUUAGAGAAACUCGCCCGCCCGCAAUGUGCCUCGUGCGACGAGGUCAACGGCAAAAGUCUACGGAUGACAAAUUUCAGCAAAAUGGAGGUGAAGCUGGAGAGGAGAGAGGUGAUGAUUGAGGAGUUGCGUAAGUUGCUAAAGUUCGAGAAAGUAAACUACGAAAAACUACUGAACGAACGAAAUAGCCUCGAGCAAGAUUUAAAUGUGGCGAUCUGUAAUGGUAAUAAACUGAUAGAAGAAGUGAGUAUGUUAAAUAGGAAGCGCGACUCUCUACAGGAAGAAUAUGUUAUCGUUAGAAAUGAAGUUUUAAUGUUAAAGUCUGAUUAUGCUCGGUUUAGAGAGAGCACGCGUGCGAUUUUGGCAGAGUUUAAUUCUCUCCUUGCGACGCUCCCGAUUGAAAUUUUGAAGUUUAAAUUCGAGAGUUUACAGUCGAAAAUGAUUAGUGCCGAAUUUGAUUGUUCAGAACUUGAUCAUCUAUCCAACCAGAUUUCGAACCAAACACUGGGAUCAGACGUGACCAGCAAGCUACUGCCAAAGGUUAUAAGCGCAUUUAAAUGUGAUAGCGAAACAAUUGAAAGUCGUUUGCAAACCCAAGCGACGCUCGGAGAGGAAGCACAGCGGGUCUUACUUGAUGUUUUCGAAAAUGUGAAACUCGUGCUGACAUCGGUUGAGACCCACUUGUCGACAAAACACAAACUUCUCGCCCAUCAGCUUGUAGAAAAUUGUCCACUCUACGUCGCCAAUGCUGUCAACGUUACAAUACAAUAUGGCAAACUUCUCCGAGAACAUUCCCAAUUAAAAUUGCUCGGUGCAAUUGUCAACCAGAAUCGUCACUUGGAAUGCCAAAUUAGUCGUUACAAGCAGUUAAAGUAAGUCAUCGAUUACUCGCGCAUAUCUGACCGAGUGUGUUUUUAGCACCAGAAGUACGGAGAAGCUGUCGUCCCAUGCGUGCUGCAAAAUUGGUAUUUGUUUUUGUGUGUUUUUUUUAAUUGCUUUUACUCUGUUGGUCUCUUAUCUUAUUAUUUCGGGUAAUUUAGGAUAUAUCUACGACUGUUAUUUUCAAGAUUGUCCUACACCAAUUUAGUCUGUAAACGCGAUAAUCGAAUGAAAUUUGUGUGUGCCAUAAUGUAAAAGAGUUAUAUAUUUUUAUACAGCCAGCUUAUAUGUGUGUUAGCGAUGUUAAUAAAAAAAAACUACUUCCUACGAUAAA